UGCGAACUUCAGUGUGAAUAAUCAAUCCAUUUUAUCGUACGUCGUUGUCGCUUGCUGCGACUCGCGCAUUUUUGUCUUUAUUUGACAUUCGUUUACUCGUUUAUUUUUGUGUCAUGUUUAUUAGAGUGAAGGGGAUUUAUGUAGAAAUUAUUUAGGGGAACUUGCGUACAAGUUAUCUCUCACGUCUCUGGUACACAAUGACCGUAGUGUAAAAAGCUUAAAUAACUGGGAUUUUGAAUCCUUUUUUCGGUAAAGGACAUUUAGUGCUCAACUCCAAUCAUGGUCCAGGAAUACGUAUCACCCGUAAGGGUGCACAAAUACUCGUUUGAGAUGGUGAUGGCUGCAUAUGAAAUGCGGUUCCCGAGCUGUCCUCAGAUACCGGUGGUAAUUGAAUGCGUGAUCACCGAGGACAGCUGGUCCGCAGACGAUUCGCAACGCCACACGACCAGGCGGUGCCAGCUAAAUGUUGAUGCGCCAUAUUUGUUGAAGAAGAUGAUCGGUGUCGAUUAUGUCUACUUCAUUCAGAAGAAUCACCUGGACCUCAAGAAUAGAGUGCUGGAAAUCGAAGCUACAAACGAAACCUUCGCCUCCAGAGUAUCGGUCAUAGAGAAAUGUAAAUAUUAUGUGCAUCCGGAGAAUCCUGAUUGGACGUGCUUUGAACAGAGCGCUUUACUUGACGUCAAGAAUUUCUUCGGUCUCGAAAACACCGUAGAGAAGAUAGCGAUGAAGCAAUACGCCGCGAACAUUGCUAAAGGGAAGGAAUUGAUCGAGGUGUUCAUGAAAGAAGUGUACGAGACUGGCGUGAAGGAACUGCGACCGUGGAACGCAUUAGAGCCUGGAAAAAACCGCGAACUAAGACGGGUCGUGUCUCGUGGUACGGAGCCACUCUCGCCGCCACCCGUUGCUGAAACUAAGAAGCUUUCAAUACCAGAUCAAUAUACGCUCGACAGUGAAUACAUUAAACGUUAUCUGGGCGAGCUGACACCAAUGCAAGAGUCGCGGCUGUUGCAGCUGAGGAAGUGGAUCGCUGAUCUGCAGAAGGGGAAGUUCAAAAACCAGAUGCCAAGCGACACAACGCUGCUGCGAUUCCUGAGAGCUCGUGACUUCAGCGUGGAGAAGGCUCGGGAAAUGUUGUCACAGUCACUGCUCUGGCGGAAGAAGCACCAAGUAGACCGCAUCCUCUCCGAAUACGAGACGCCAGAGGUUGUCAAACAGUACUUCCCCGGUGGUUGGCACCAUCAUGACAAAGAUGGACGUCCGUUGUACAUUCUUCGACUCGGACAAAUGGAUGUUAAAGGAUUAUUAAAAUCGAUAGGUGAAGAUGGACUCUUAAAGUUGACACUUCACGUAUGUGAAGAAGGUUUAAAACUGUUAGAAGAGGCGACCAGAUCAUCCGAGCACGCGAUCCAGUCCUGGUGUCUGCUCGUGGACCUGGACGGCUUGAACAUGAGACACCUCUGGAGGCCCGGGGUCAGGGCGCUGCUCCGCAUCAUACAGAUAGUUGAGGCGAAUUAUCCAGAGACGAUGGGAAGAGUGCUAAUUGUAAGAGCACCCAGAGUAUUCCCAAUCCUAUGGACCAUUGUUAGCACAUUUAUUGAUGAAAAUACACGUAGCAAGUUCUUGUUCUACGGUGGCAAAGACUACCUCCAAUCUGGAGGCUUGCUUGAUUACAUUCCCAAAGAUUUAAUACCGGACUUCCUCGGGGGACCUUGCAAGAGUUUCGUUCACGAAGGAGGUUUGGUACCGAAAAGUUUGUACGUAAGCGGAGCUUUCACGGAACGCGAUGGCGAUCCGUUGAGUGAAGACAGCAUCUAUAGAUCUGUGAGCCUAGGGAAGGGCCAGGUACACGAGGUUAUCGUUCAGAAUCGGGACCCGCAAAGCGUACUGACCUGGGACUUUGACGUGCUAAGUCACGAUAUAUCAUUCGCUGUUUACCGAAGCGAGCAGGAACUGGAUCGUCCUGACCAGGCAGCCGCGGCGGCGGGCGAGGAGCGGCGCUCGGUGCUGGAGGGCGCGGCGUGCGCGCGCGUGGAGGCGCCGCGCGUGUGCCACGACGGCGAGAGCAUCCAGGGCUCGCACGUCAUGGCCGACGCCGGCCUCUACGUGCUGCAGUGGCGCUGCGAGGCCGCCGACGCGCAGCUCAUGUACUUCCACGAGACGCUCGCCAGCCACCACUACCGGGGUUCGAUGUCCAGCCUGCAGUCCGCCACCAGCGGGUUCUCCUGCCUGAGCGGCAAGUCCGCCAUCAGCUCGUGCCCGUCGCGGUGAUGCGGCCCCCCGGCCCCGGCCCCGCUCCCCCCGCAGACGCCCUCCCCGCCUCUGCUGGACUAGUACUCGUCCGGAGCGGGGUCGCGACUAGCAUCGGUCCUCGGGGCUUUAGGAACGUUGCAUUUAGCGUUUUAAAAGUUUAGAAACUAACGUUGCAAUGGGGCACUCGCUGCUUGUGAUAAACAAUUGGCGGAGCAUUUGGUUUUUUAGCGGUUUGACGUGUAAAUCCAGUCCCAUCCGUGAAUUUGUGGCUUAACCUUAGCUUAGUUCUCCGCGUCUAUCGAGAUCAAUUAUACUGCUAUAUUAAUUCGACAAUUUAAUAAAAAAAUAUGAUUUUGGACAAGAGAUGAUUUUUGCACAAUUACCUUUAUGGUAUAUAAAUAAUUUCAUUCGUGAUAUUUUUUCUUGUUACGAGAUAGCUGAUGAGUUAUGACACCAUUAUAAACAUCAAAUAUAUUACAAUAAUAACUUAAGUUAAUACUACUUAAUAUUUAAGCUCAUUAUAAAAUCGUCCACGGUGUACAUUAUAUUUUUUUAUAAAAAACGAAUGAGCUAAUAAUAUAUACGUAUAAUUUUUUAAACCUCCAAAUAUUUUGUGUGUCUGUUUAUUCAAUAUGAAUAUUAUGUGUCAUCCGUUUAUCAAUAGCUAUCAGAUUCUAGUGAAAUAUCAUUAUUAUAAUAUAAAUUAUAUAUUACAAAUUAAAAUUAACUAUUUUUGUUAAUAUAAUACUUAUAAAUUAAUGAGGAAUAAAAAUAUGAAUCGGCGGAUUAUUUAAAAAUUGAAUGUGUCAAAUGAUUGAAUUAGAUAAAAUUUGUUUUGUAAUAUUAUUAUAGAAAUGGAAUUAAACAAAAUAAAAAUAACAAGAUAUGAACCUAUUAAAAUAUCAUAGUUUAAGAUACUAUUGGUGUGAUUAUAUUAAUAUAUAUAUGAUGAUUAAUAUGUCUCUAUGUGUAGUAGAAAUAGCUAUGGUUAGUGUAUAUUAGUUUAAUAGCCGAGUGUGGAAUUUUAAUAAUGUUAUCAUAGUAAUAAAAGUUAUUGAUGACGCAGCUCAAUCGCGGAGUUACUCAAAUAUCUAUCCUAUUUAUCUUGUUAUAAAGUCUAUUUUCAUUAAAUAAUAUCAAACUAUUGGUCAUUUGAAUAACUUUCAUUACGAAAAUUUAUCAGAUAUAAUUUUUAAUAUGGAAUAAACAAUUGUAUGUUUGUCUCUUUCUUCCAUCAUGAAAUAAGAAUAUGUUAGAAAGGGACAAACCGUUGUAACUCAGUUGAUACGUUAACAACUUGUACUGUCUUUAUCAGCAAUAAGUGUGUUAAAAUAGUAAUAAAUAUUCACUAUUUGUAAUUAUAAUUAGAACCAAAUGAAAGCUCUAAGCUGGAACGAAAUUAGAACGAAUAAAGAUGUACAAAACUGUACAAAAAAGUUUUAAGAGAUGAGUAUAUUUGGGAGCGUAGACAAUAUUAUUUUCAAUACAAUAGUUUAUGCCACAGACAAAAAAUGUAUCUCAUGAUGUCUUAUGGCUUGUAAAGAAAUAUCUAAAGCUACUGUAAAUACUGCUUAAAUGAAAUUAAAGUUUAAUUUUUUUAUUUUUAUUGGUGAUAGAAUGUAUUUUUGAAAACUGUCUAGAUAUAAGCUUAAUUAUAAAAUCAUAAACAUCUCGUAAUUAUAAUGUAAAGAUUUAAACUAUAUAUAUUUAGAAUGAAAUAUACAGCGCGCAUCAAACGUUAGGAGACCGCGUGAGGACAGUAUCUCAAUAUUUGAGCAUUAAAUUUAAGCGUUAAAUUGUCGUGGAAUUGAAUUGAAACUCGCAUAUUUUUCCAAAUCCUGUACAGAAUUGUAACAUAGCUUGGAUAUUUAUAAAGUAGAAAAUAUAACAAAAUUUUUGAUUCUCAUUUUUUAUUUCGUCCAAAUAUAGAAGUAUCGUAUAUCUACAAAUAUGUCAAGUAUGGGCGGAUUGUUUUUCUAAAGUACUUGUACAGUAUCAAUAAAGCCAAGAACUUAAUCUUCAACGCUUAACUGACACACCUGUUAUUGUGUAGGUAAAUAAAAUAAAUGGCUUGACAACAAUAUCUUUUUUUUAUAUUAAUGGAUUAAGAGCCUCCUCUCUCCUCCAAAACAAAAUAAUUUUUCAAUUAGGAUCAAUAUGAAAAAUUGAUUGAUUAUAAAAUGACUCGCUCAUUUAUAGUUAUGUAUUAAAAAUGAGAAUUUACUGUAGAUAAUGUUUUAACAUCGAAAUGCUCAAUAAAUAGAAUUUUAUUCGAUUGUAAUAAUUUAUCUAAAUGUCCCGUACGAUAGUUUUCGCUUUUAAUUUUCUACAACAUAAGGAAGAACCCCGGAAAAUAAUUAAUAUUCCUAUUUUGAUUGAACUGUAGCAAAUACAGGAUGGUGUUUACUAUUUGUAAAUCGCUCAUAUAAUGUAAUGCAGGAAUUUUACGUAAGAUUUUAUUGAAUCUUAUUUUGUGCGUUAGGAUAAAUAGAAUAUAAUAAUAAUAUAAAUAAUGUAAUACGUAAAUUUAGGUAAUAAAGAGAACUGUUGAAAGUAGCGAUGGUAAAUACCGCAGUGCUAAAUAUUUUUUUAUAUAUCCGCUGAAACGUCACAGUACCUGUUUUUUUUUUUUUAAUAAAUACCGAUAUAAUAUUUGAUUUAUUGUUUUACAACUAUAUUAACUUUUGGAUUAUUUUUUUGCUUUAUUUUGUUAAGUAAAGAGCACAAAUGUAAACACUUUUUGCACCCAAAUCUUAAAGAUACGGCACUAAAAAAAUGUAGUUAAUCGUUGAUUUAGUCACUCAUUUAACUCAUAAGACAUAAUAUGUAGUUGAACAAUUUAAUAAAUGUGUAAUAUAUUGGUU